CUUUCAUGGAUUAAGUGAAAUGGAUAAAAAGCAGAGUUGAUUCGGAGAGGAUUACUCUCAGACAAAAAGUGGUUAUACAUUGCCAUACUCAUCUUCUAGUAAAGAUGCAAGUGCAUUUUUCAAAUGGUCUUGGAGAGUGAUGCCCUAGAGAGCUUAAUAUAUUCAUAAACCUAAAAGACCUUAAAAGGAUCUUUACCAUUCAUGGACUUCACCAAAUUUGGCUAAAAUUAAGUCCAAUAAUUUUUUAUGGGGUUACUAACAAAAAUAGAACACACCCCACAUAUGUACUGAAGGAUAAAAACCCUACUAUUGAAGGAGAUGAAGGAAACUCACGAUUACCCAAAUCCAGAACAAGUGUUUUUUUUUUCUUCAUUUAUUAUAUAUAUAUAUAUAAUGCCACCCAAAUAUUUUAGAGUGAGAUGAGGUAGACUAGGCAACAAUCUUGGAUCCACUUCGUUAAUUACAGCUUGCAAGUCAAUGUAUUAGUACGGACGUCAGCAAUUCAAAGUCAACUCAUGAACGCAUAUAGGGCAUGAAUCUCGGUGCCUGUUCUUCGUCUUUCUCAAGCAAGAAAAUGCAUCGGCAAAUAUUUCUCGUGUCGCUCCUUCUCAUAGGACCAGCAUUUGCAGAUCUUCUGCAGAACUCAGAUUUUGAAAGUCCGCCAUCAAACUUGCCAAAAAAUUCCACCACCCCAUUUCAGCAAUUGAAUGAAAACAGCACCAUUCCAGGAUGGUCAUUUGAAGGGACAAUCCUGUAUGUUACAACUACUCAGACAAUAGCAUUGCCAGGGAAUGGGCAUGCCUUACAACUGGGACAAGAUGGCAAGAUUAACCAAACUUUCAAUCCUAUUGCUGAUUAUGUAGAUUACCUGCUCACCUUCACGCUUGCUCCAGGAGGACAGAAUUGUUCAACUAAUGCCAAUGUUGGUGUCUCAGCACCAGAUAGCCACUCGAUCUUCUCCUUUAAGCAGGAUUAUGGGAAGGAAGGAUGGGAGACCUUUGGUCUCUACUUGGGUAGUUGGGAACAGCAAGAGCCUAUUAACCUUGUCCUCGAAAGCCAAUCAACAGAAUCUGAUGCUAAUUCCACAUGUUGGCCACUGAUUGACAAGCUUCUUCUCAAAACCAUUGAAACACUUGUCCCAGGCGAUAAUAACCUUUUGUUGAAUGGAGGAUUUGAAUAUGGCCCAGAAUUCCUUAGCAACUCCACUGAAGGGGUUCUACUUGAUCCAGUACCUACUGCUGUUCUCUCCCCACUGAGACAAUGGUCUAUAACAGGAACAGUCAAAUACAUAGACUCCAAACACUACUUUGUCCCUGAAGGCAAUGCUGCAGUUGAGUUUCUCUCAGGAGUUUCAGCUAGCAUACAGGCAGCAACUACACUCAAAGAUGGUUCAACAUAUAGUUUGGAGUUCACUCUAGGUGACGCUAAUGACUCAUGUGAGGGGAAUUUUGUAGUUGGGGCUCAGGCAGGAUCCACAGCUCAGAAUUUUACAUUGCAGAGUAAUGGGACUGGUUCAGCCAAGAAGCUCUCUCUGGCAUUCAAGGCAGAUUCAACUACAACUCUCAUCAGUUUUGUCAGCUAUGCCACUACACAGACAAAGGAUGGUGUGUUCUGCGGUCCUAUUGUUGACAAUGUUGUUUUGCGUGCUUCUCAGGGCAUGAAAUCAGAAAUCAAGUGGGAAGUUUUUAUUUUUCUGCUAUUCCUAGUAGGCAUUCUGUGAUUCCAAUAACAAUUCAAGCAUUUAUGUAAUUUUGAAGUUUGAGGCUUCAAGUUGGCAUCA